GUUUGUCACUGGGCAGCUCAUCCCUCAUUAUACACCGAGAUACACAGUUUCUACGAUAGCUAUAUAUUACCUAUACAAAUCCAUCACUUCCAAGACUAAACCAUCAUUUAGCACUUCAUCUUAGUUUGUCUUACAGUAGCAGCAACAUAAAUCACCACCAUAAAACUUAUACACAUCUACAAGAUGUCUGGAAUCACGAAAGUUGCGUUGGCAGGAGCUUCUGGAAAUCUUGGCCCAGCAAUCCUUGAUCAACUCAUUAAAGCCGGCUUUCAAGUCACAGUUCUUACCCGACAAUCGAGCACUCACAAAUUUCCAUCUCCUGUUACAGUCAAGGAAGUCGACUACGACUCUCUCGAAUCGCUCACCAGUGCUCUUACAGGACAAGAUGCCGUUGUAUCCACUCUCGCCUCAGCCAGUUUAGACAAGCAGCUUCUUCUCGUUGAAGCAGCAGUUAAAGCUCAUGUCAAGCGCUUCAUUCCCUCUGAGUUCGGAUCCAAUACACCUAGAGAAAAUACUGGAGCCUUGCCAGUUUUCCAACCUAAAAUUGCUGUCCAAAAUGCUCUUAAGAAGCAUGUUUCUAGCGAAUUUUCAUACACUCUUGUGGUAAAUGGUGCAUUUCUUGAUUGGGGCUUGUCAGUUGGAUUCGUUAUGAGCGCCAAGGGAAAAAGCAUCACACUUUAUGAUGGGGGUAAUCGAACCUUCAGUACCACUACUCUCCCAGACAUUGGACGAGCUGUAGUUGGUAUACUCAAGCACCCAGAAGAGACGAAGAAUCGCGCGGUCUAUAUUCAAAGUUACGCAACUACCCUUAAGAACCUCGCGGAGAUUGGAAAGAAGGUUUUAGGAUCAGAUGGUUGGACUGAGACUGUUGCAUCGGUUGAUGAUAUCGUAGCGGGCGGAUGGGAAGAAUUGAAGAAACCACAGCCGGACCCACAUAAAUUCGCCAUGCCAUUCAUCAUUGCUUCAAUAUGGGGUGAGGGAUAUGGAUCGCACUUCGAGGCCUAUCACAAAUUGGACAAUGAUCUUUUGGGAAUCAAACAAUUGAGCGAGCAUGAAUUGGAGGAAUUGAUUAAGAGUUUGGCAUAGAUAAACUGCAACCUUACUGCUGCUGUAUGUUUUGCAUAUGCAAACAAUAGAAGUAAGGUUAACAUAGUCUCAAAAUUCAACGCUGAUUAAGUAAACCUCUUGAAGUACAAGAUCAAUCAAUUGCGAACGAUACAUCGUUCUCUAUAAAUCUGCAAGCUUUUCAUGCAUCCAUCGUUCAGAGCAGGCUGAC